CAUUUUAUUUAUUUAGGUUCCCUUUUGCAAAAACCCUAAAAUUCAUUCGUCUAAGAGAGAAAAAUUAUCUUCUUUUCUUUGUGAUUUUUUUUUUGUUUGGGGAUAUUUGCAUGUAAAAUUUUUGGGGAUUUUUUUUUUGAGGUUUUAAUCUCCAUUGAAAAAAGCUUUGGCAUUUCUCUGCUACAGUGUUGUGCUUCAGCUGCAGAAUUGUUUGGGGGCAAAAAAAGCAAAUCUAAAAAACUGUAAAAUCAAAUUUCUCUUCUUUGAUCUUUGAUUCUUUUGAGCUAUUUCAUCUCUUCUUGUCUCUAAUCCAACUUGUUAUAUCUUUUUUUUCUUCUUCAUAUAGUUCUUGGUUAAUACAUAGAAGAAAAAAAAAAAAAGAAACCUUUGCUUCUUCAUCUUCUAAAAAAAGCUUUUUUUUUUUUAUUUUCUUCUCAAGAAUCAGAGUUUGGUGAAUUUGAGGAGCAGAGGAAAAAUUAGGAGAAUUUUGUGGGUUUAAUAAGAAAAAAUAAAUGGAAGAGAAAGGUGGAAUAAGUCCAAGUGGGGUCGUUACAGUUAAGGGAGAUGAAGCUUUGGUUUCAAGAACAGAGUUCCAACAACAAAACCCUAGCUUUCUCCAAUUCGUGAGUCCCACGACGGUGGUAUCUCCUCAACCAACUCCGGCUCCAGUUCCGACUCCGGAUCCUGCUUCAGCCACCGUGACUCCUGGCUCAGCAGCGGCGUCGACCGGAUCAGAUCCAACGAAGAAGAAGAGAGGGAGACCGAGGAAGUACGCACCAGAUGGAAGUCUGAACCCUAGGUUUUCAAGACCAACUCUGUCUCCAACUCCAAUCUCAUCUUCGAUUCCAUUGUCUGGAGAUUAUCAUCACUCUAACUGGAAACAAGGCAGAGCUCAGCAGCAGCAUCAGCCUGUUGAGUUCGUCAAGAAAUCUCAGUAUGUAACCCCAGUUGCUCCUACUCCAACUGGGCUCUCAUUCUAUGUGGGUGCAAAUUUUAUGACCCAUCAGUUUACUGUCAAUGCCGGUGAGGAUAUAACAAUGAAGAUUAUGCCGUAUUCGCAACAAGGAUCUCGAGCUAUCUGCAUUCUCUCUGCAACUGGUUCCAUCUCUAAUGUCACUCUUCGUCAGCCUACUUCUUCAGGUGGCACUCUUACAUAUGAGGGUCGAUUUGAGAUACUGUCGCUGUCGGGUUCCUUUAUGCCUACUGAAAACGGAGGAACAAAAGGUAGGUCCGGUGGGAUGAGCAUUUCUUUAGCCGGACCAAAUGGCAAAAUCGUGGGCGGUGGCCUCGCUGGUAUGCUUAUAGCAGCCGGUCCUGUUCAGGUGGUAAUGGGAAGUUUCAUUGUGAUGCAUCAAGAACAACAAAAUCAGAAGAAGAAACCUCGUAUUAUAGAGGCUUAUGCUCCACCACAAGGUCCACAACAACCGCAACAGCAGCCUCCUACUUUCACCAUUACAACCGUGAAUUCAACUCCUCCAGUGAUGGCCACAGUAGAGGAGCCGAAACAACAACCCUACGGUAGUGGUGGUAUAGUGAGACCAAUGGCUCAAAUGCCUUCUUCUUUCCACAACGACAAUUCAGCUAUGAACAAUUUCACAACUCCCUAUCAUGGUUACGGUAAUAUGAACACGGGUCCUAACAAAGAAGAAGAUGAGGAUGAUGAAGAUGGUGGUGAUGAUGAUUCAGGCGAUACUAGGAGCCAAUCUCAUAGUGGUUGAGCAAUUCUCUCGGUUCAAAGUCAGAAAGAUUUCUUGUGUAGAAAGGAAUGAAGGGAUUCAGCUUUUUCUUUGCUUGUUUAGAGAGGUUUGUUUUAGUUGUGUGAGCUCUUUUUUCUUCUUAUUAUUUUGUGUGUUUUCUAAUUUCUAGAGUUUUUUUUUGGUUUUCUUCUUUGUGAUCGGUUUAGAUCUAAUUAUGUCCAAAUCAUCGAUUAAACGAUGUUCUUAUUGUUGAGGUCAUUGGGAUUAAUAUUAUUUACUUGAAACUUUUGUGA